AUGUUCCCACACAAGAGUAAUCUGCAUGGUAGAAAUAAGUACCCAAACCCGCCUUCCCAUCUGUGUCUCCUCAUUUGCCUCAGCAUCUCCGUCAGUGCUGCAGGUCCUUGGCAGCCAGGGACUGGCCUAGAUGACAUAAUCUGGGUUAUCGAGAGAGUUUAUGCUUUUUGUAAAAACAUGCCAGCAAUGUAUAUCGAAGGUCUUGAAACUAUCUUUGGAGAAAGGUCUGCAAAAGUCCAUUUCCAAUCCACAAUUACCAACUCUCAAAUGCAUCCUCAUAUUGGUGGGCGAACCUUUAAGUGA